AGACCUUUGUCUUUGCAUUACACUCGCAAGUCACAUUGACAUUUUCACAUUUUAUCUAUUUACUCUCUACCUAAGCUUAUUUGUGUGCCUAUGCAAUGGCAGUUGAUCCUCAAAACUCCCCCAUGGAAGGGUUCCCGGCUACACCUAAGAUCCGGGAAGUGAGGCCUGAGUCCGGUUUUGAGAAUUUCGGGUUUUGCACUGACCCCUGUCGUGUCCGGGGCGGUGAACCCAACUCGGGAAUAAGAAGAGUGAGUUUGAGGGCUGAGAUUGACACUUCACCUCCUUUCGGAUCGGUUAAGGAGGCUGUGACCCGGUUUGGUGGCAACGGACUUUGGGUGCCAUUGAACAAGUUUGGAGAAUAUCAUGGAAUUGAAGAGUUUGAUUUAAAGAAAGUGGAGGAACAAGCAGCGGAAUUGGAGAAAGAUCUGAUUGUGAAAGAAUUAGAGACCCUUGAUGUGCUUGAAGAACUGGGAACUACAAAAAAGAUUGUUGAAGAGUUAAAGAGACAGCUGCAAAGUGAAGCUAUGAAAUGCAUGAACAGUACUAGUCCAGGCUUGGAUUCAGACGAUAUCAAAGAAAUGAACAAGGAGUACUAUGGACAGGUGAGAAUUGGGUAUUCGAAACCGUGCUCGAUUUCGUCUCCAGAUUCGAUCUUGAUGGAGUUGAAGCAAGCUAAGUUGAACCUUGGUAAAACUAUCAAUGAUCUUGGGGUGAUUCAAGCUUCUGUUGAGCGUCUAAAUAAGAAAAUGAAGAAAGAAAAAAGUUUACUUGAAAUGACCCGUGAGAGACUAACUUAUAAGUUUGCAGGGUUGGCAUUGAAGCCACAGGUUGGCAACAAUGGCAAGCCUGAGCAGUUUAAGCAAAUGGUUGAUCCUACAAUGAAUGAAGUUCCAAGAUCAAUGCCAUUGCCAGGGAAUGAACAAAACAAGCCUUGUAUUAGAACUGCUGAAAUGAGGUGGAUUGCAGCUAAGAAGAUGGAGGAAGCUGCCAUGGCAGCAAAGGCACUUGCUGUUAUUGAAAUGAAGGGUUUGUCAAGCAAUGAGAACUCAUCAGGAUUUUCCUUGCCGGAACCAGAGCCGUCUCCUCGAACCCCGAAAGUCCAACGGGCGGAAGAGGUUUCUAGCAGGGAAGCAAUUCAUGCAAUGAACAAAUUGGCUGAAGCAAACAUCUCCAAGCUUACAAUCCUGAGGAAACUGGAGGAAGCUUCAGAGGAAGUUAAACAUAGUAAAGAAGCAUUGGAAGAGGCUCUUAAUAGAGUGGAAUUAGCAAACAGGAAGCAACUUGAUGCUGAAGAGGCUCUUAGGAGAAUGAUUCCAGAUCAAGAACAGAAAAAACAGGUCGUUUACAAUGCUACCAAAAUCAACAAUUUCCCUCUCCCUCAUCCUCAUCCUCAUCAGCAUCAGCAUAUUCCUCGAUCUCCAUUACAUGAUCUAAACAACCAAAACCCAACAGUGGAUGAUGGAGCAAAUCCUGCUUUAAGGCCAACAGUUUCAAUGGGAGAUAUCCUCAGCAAGAAACAAGUCCCUACUAAAGGCCAGACUGAAAGGCAAAAGGUAGCUUUGAGCCAAAUGCUUCAUGAACUAAGGGAAGAACAUCUGGCAUUUUCUCCAAAACCUGGUCAAAAAGAUGACCAAAAGCAGUAUUUGAACCAGAGAAGAAAGUUUGGGUUCAUCCACAUAUCUCUUCCAUUGCCAAAGCAAAACAAGAAGAAACCACAAGCUGUAAACACAAUGUGAUACCAUUUGGAUGCAUGGUAAUUAUUGAACAAUAGUAAUUCUGUGGUCAUAUAUAGUAACAUGUUUUAUUCAGUUUGCCUCAUUUGUUUGUGUUGUCUUCUGGGUGAUCAUUUCUGUUUUUUAAAUGUUGUUGCUAUCUAUGGAUACUUGUUUUGAAAUCUCCCUGUGCUGUAAAUGUGUUCUAUAAUUUGCAAUAAUGUAUUAUGCAAA